UCACCUUCUCCCCCAAAACCAUCUCAACAAAAAGAAAGAAAAAAAAUCAUAAUUUUCCUUCGACUUAAUCCAUUUUGCAGAGUGAGUUCGAGUUUAUCUCCUGGAAAUUCUCCAAAUUUCCAGGACAUAAAAAUAAAAACAAAAAUAAAUGAUCAGACUAAGUGUCUACUGCUCCUUACUCUCACCUCCAAGUCAAAAAGUCAAAGACCACCAGAGAAUCUCUCCGGCGUCGUUUUGGCAGCAAAAAUGGAACCGGAGUUCGAGUCUGAGUUCAAGUUCGAGUUCGAGUUCGAGUUCAUCAACUCAGAGGAGUAUUACGACUAUUGCUAUGGCUUUAAAAAAAGACGAAAUGGAUGGAAGAUUUAGCAACUUACCGGGUCAAAGCUGGGAACCCGGGUUGGAAAUGGAAGUCCCUUUUGAACAAAGGCCGGUGAAUGAAUACUCAUCUUUGAAAGAAGGGCCAUUAUAUUCAUGGGGAGAAUUGAGUCCACGAUCUUUUUUCAUACGCGUUGGAGGUCUUUGGUUGGUUACUUUUACUGUUCUUGGACUCCCUGUUUCUGCUGCAAGCUUUAAUCCUUCAAAUGAUCCUUUACGAUUUUUACUAGCGGCAGGAACUGGAACGCUUUUUCUUGUAUCAUUAGUUGUUCUCAGGAUUUAUCUGGGAUGGAGUUAUGUCGGUGACAGACUGUUAUCAGCUGUGAUCCCAUACGAAGAGAGUGGUUGGUAUGAUGGACAAAUGUGGGUAAAGCCUCCCGAGAUUUUGGCGCGUGAUAGGUUAUUGGGGUCAUACAAGGUGAAACCAGUGAUAAAAUUGUUGAAACAAACCCUAGUGGGAACAGGGGUGUUACUUGUGACAGCUGUUUCAUUGAUUAUUUUUGCUACACCAGUUGAAGAUUUCUUCCAAAAAACAUUUGCAAAUGAAAAUUAUGUUGCAGCUACAAAGAUCAAUGCGAAUAUGAGCAAAGAGGAGCUUUUAAGAUUGCCAUUGGAAGUGAAGGCAGAUGAUAAACUGGCAGCUGCUGCUGCUGAGGCGGCUGAUGGAAGGCCGGUGUACUGCAGGGACAGGUACUACCGUGCACUAGCGGGCGGACAAUACUGCAAGUGGGAGGAUCUACUCAACUGAUUAAAACAAGAAUAUAGAAAAAAAUAUAUAUAUAUUCAUGUUAUAUAUUAUAUAUAGUAUAUAAUAAUAUAGUAUAUACACCUUGUUUGAUUUUUAUGUUGAAUUAUGUGAAAAAAUAUAUAUAUACGAAUAGUAGAUUGCCA